AACCUAGGAUUCCCUGAGCUGGGACUAGCGAAAUCUGUCUGCACUGAUCGCAGGCGUCCUCAGUUUCCCCCUCUGGAAAUCGGCCUGGGGGUGCACGUGUGGCUCUCUUCCACUAGGCCUGUUCCCGGCGCGUGGGCGCGAUCCUUGUCCAUGUCCGCGGCUAUCAAUAAAGUUGCGCACUUGUUGCCGGCCUUCUCCCCCGGGAGGUUGCGCGCGCAGCCCAGGAAGUCUCGCGAUAGCCAGCGGUGUCUGCCCUUGCACUUGCAAAGUCGACUGGGUCCCGCGGUGCGGGAUACUGGCUGCCGGCUAUGGCGCCGAGGAUUAUGAGUCAGUUCUGGGACAUCCCCGAUGGCACCGAUUGCCACCGCAAAGCCGUCAGCACCACCGCUACUGGCACCGUCGUCGGUGGGACCGCUGCUGCUUACAGCGUCACACUCAAUCCUGCCAACAACUUCCUUGAUGGAGCACUCAGGGCCGGGCGGUACACAUUCACUGGAGCUGCCGUCGGGGCCGUGUUCGGCCUCACCUCCUGCAUCACCGCCCAGGUCCGCCAGAAGCCCGAUGACCCCCUGAACUACUUCCUUGGUGGCUGCGCCGGAGGCCUGACUGUGGGAUCACGCGUGCGGAACUACGAGGUCGGCGCCGCCUGCUGUGUGUACUUCGGCAUCGCAGCCGCCCUGUUCAAGAUGGGCCGGCUAGAGGGCUGGCAGCUGUUCCCAAAACCCAGAGAGUGAGCCCUGCGCCUGCCGGGACCUCCAGCCUGCAGAACGCAUCCAGAAAUAAAUUCCGUGUCUGUGUG